AUGGCGACCAAGACGAAGCCGCAGUUCCAGUCACCUCAUACGGCUGGCAUCUUUGCUGAUCUGAGUGUUGACGGACCCGAGAUUGGAACCCUCGUCGCCGUCAUCGAUCGCGCGCGUAACCUGCCCAACAGGAAGACGAUUGGGAAGCAGGACCCCUACUGUGCUGCUCGCCUCGGAAAGGAGGCCAAGAAGACGGCUACGGAUGUGAGAGGAGGACAGACGCCGAGAUGGGAUCAAGAGUUGCGUUUCAAGGUCCACGACUCCCCGGACUACUACCAGCUUAAGAUAUCGGUCUUCACCGACGACAAGCGGACCGACCUGAUUGGCGAAGCCUGGAUCGACCUCAAGGGCAUCAUCGUUUCUGGAGGGGGGCAGAACGACAUCUGGCAGACGCUCAACUGCCGCGGCAAGUACGCCGGCGAGAUCAGGAUGGAGAUCACCUUCUACGACACUCGCCCCAAGCCCGACAAACCCGUCGCCAAGCCGCGCCCCCAGCCUGCUGUAUCUGAUCAGGAUGGCAGCAUGUCCUCCAAGCAGAGGGCCGCCACCAGGCGGCGACCCUUGCCAUCCGACCCCGUCACCGGCGAGGCCCCUCAGCCUGCUCCGGUCCAAGCCUCAGCCCCGCCCCCCGCCCCGGUCCAGGCCCCUGCCUCCGCACCUGCACCUGCACCUGCACCUGCACCUGCACCUGCACCUGCACCGGGCCAGCUUCCGCCACCCACCACCGCCGCUGGCCCGAGGGCCCUCCCGGGCACAGAUCCCUACCAGACCAUGCCGCGAGGAAGCCUUGAUAGGCACGCCUCCCACCAGACAUACGCUCCCAGUCACGCCCCCGUCCAGAGCAUAGAGUAUCAGACACAGCCGGCUCCGGCUCCGGCCCCGGCCCCGGCUUCGGCCCCAGCCCCAGCCCCGGCUCCAGCCUCAGCCCCAGCCCCUGUCCCGGGCCCGGGCCCGGCUCCCGCACCGGUGGCUCGCUACGCGCCGCAGGAAUACUCUCAGCCCAUGCCGCCGCAACCGAUGCCACAGUCGAUACCCCAGCCUAUGCAGGCGCUCUCCGAUCCUCGCAGACAAUCCUCCUACCAGGUGGACCCGUACGAGAACCCCCCUAGGACGUACGAUGACAGAGACUACAGUCCCAGGGGCGCCCCUCCACCGCCGCAGCCGCAGCAGCAGCAACAGCAGCUGCCACCGCCCACAUCAUCGUCGUACUAUGCGCCGGAGCCCCGUGGCCAGCCCCUGCCGGAGCACUACGAUCAUCUGCCCCAGUCGAGGGACGAGCUCGUCAGACAGGCCCCGCCCAUGAACGACAGACCUCCGCCGCCGCCCGCUCACCGGUCGAGCAUCGGUCCUGGUACCGCCCCGGAGCCCUCCUCUUACCGGGCUAGCAGCUAUGAGCCGCAAAAGGCCCCUGCGCCCAUGUCCAUGAGGCACGACGUUCUGAGGACCGAGGCCCACCGUCACUCCAUGUCGGCCUACUCAUCUUCCCGCCCGCCCGCCUUCCGCUCGUACGACUCGGCGCCGCCGGCGCCAGCUCCCAUCUCCAACGCCGUCCAACCGCUCAACACGCACAGCUACGAGUCGCCGCCGAGGCACCACACGUACGAUCCCAUGACGUACGACGCUCCUAGGCCCUUGCAGGCCACGGUCGAGGACGUUCCCGAGACGCCGCCCGCAAUCCCGUACGGCCACGCUUACAGGCACAGCACCGGCUCCAGGAUGCACCACCCCGAUGACGUGGGCUAUGACCGUGCUCCCGCCCAGGUGUCGGCACCCGUGAGUGCGGGCCACUCCCCGUCCGUCUCGCCUCUGCGCCGCACUCCUUCCAGAGAACCCGAGAGAUAUGACGAGAUGGCCCUCUACCACCCGUCUGCACCCCCGGCGGCCGCGGACAGGGACUUCUCCACGAGCCCCGGACGAGGAGGCUUCUACUCGCAACCGCAAGCCAACUCGAGCCAGUACUCAUUCACCGGGAGCCCCUACGAAGCGCCGCCUGCCCAGCGCCCGACCAUGCAGCAGGUGCCGUUUGACUUGCCAGCGUCGCUGGUGCCGGGUAUCGACCCAUCUAUAACGCAGGAGCUGGCGGAGCGGAUCAACGAGGACCGGCGGUACGAGAGGCGGCACACGAUGCAGAGCAUGCAGACGCCUCCGCGGGGCCGGCAGGCGCUCCCCGACCCGUCGCAGCAGUACGGUGCAGGGGCACCGGGAGGGGGCGAGGCGGGUUCGCCAUACGGCUACUCGACGCCGCCGCAGCAGCAGCAGCAGCAGCAGCAGCAGCAACAGCAGCAGCAGCACCACCACCACCACCAACGUCAGCCGUCCGGGUACGACAGGCGCAGCCCCGUGGGUGACGUGACAUAUUCUAGCGGGCCGCCGGAACCGCGUUCCCGACACUCGGUCAGCCCGUCGCCCCAGCCCGCGCCCAGCAGCAGCACCACCACCCAGCGUCUGAUCAAGCGCAAGUCUGUCAGCCCGGCGCCGCCGCCCACCGAGGACCGCCGGGGGUCGGACGCACCCUUCAGCCCAGACUCGUUCGACGCCUUCAACAGCAACGCCCCCUCUGUGCGCGAGGAGGCCAACGGCAAGAUUGUCAUGUACGACGGCCGCGAGAUCGAUCCGUCUGACCAUCUCCCCAUCGAGUCGUGGGCACCCGAGCCCGAGGCCAAGCAGAUCCAGAAGCAGCAGCAGCAGCAGCAGCAGCAGCAGCAGCAGCAGCAGCCGUCGCCCUCCCGGCCGUCCCCCUCGGGCGUCCAGCCCAUGCCCCCUAGUGGCCGUCGCCAGCUCCGCAUCGCGGCCCGCCCAUCGCCCUCUACUGCUGCCUCGCAGGCCCCGUCGUACGACUCCUCCCCUGCCCCACCGGCUGGUCGCAACCGUCUGCACAAGAAGUCGCGCCCCUCACAGGGCGCCCUCCCUGCUCCGGAAUCGAGUCCCCUGGCACCCGUAUCGCCGGGAAACUACCAGCAGCCAUACCAGCCGUCAUACCAGUCGCCGUACACGACACCCACGCGGGGACAGCGGGGCAACAGUUUUUCGUACCCCUACGAAUACGCCAACGAGAAUUACGCUCCUCCGCCCCAGCAGCAACAGAUUAUGUACCACAGCUCGUCGCCCGGUGCUGUCGCACCCCCGCCUAUCCCGGCAAAGGAACCCCUGCCUGCACACUAUCAGCCGGCUACCAUGAGCGGGGCGAAUGGGGGCAUGUCGCUUGCCCAGGAGCUGCAGAAGAUUGAUCUUGGGACUGGGCCGUCAAGAAGGAGGGGGGGCUACUGA